AAGAUUUAUGAAAUUAUAGGUGGUCGGGCUUUGUUUGGCUGGACUUGCGCGCAAUAAGUCGAGGGGUUUUCGCGUUUCCUCCACUUGAGGGACUAUUAAGGCGGUCGAUGGCCACCCGGCGCGCCACAGAGCACCACUUAGCUGUGACACCCACUGGAGCCUCUGUGUCGAGCUGAAGCCCUGGACACACAGUCUCCACUGGAUAACCAGCUCCCCCCACUCUCUCUUCCUCUUCCUCUCUCUGUCAGCGCGUACCCGCCGUGCGUUCUGCAUGCGUCAAGGGAGCACCGUGCGUAACGGGAGAGUCGUGCGUAACUGGAGACAGAUUUCACUCCAUUUUGCGCUGGGAUUCUGAGGACCACUGGCGGUGUAACGGUCACAUGCAGGGACACUGACCGCGGGAUCCCGAUACUUUUCCCUCGUGAAACGUCUCUCGGCUCGUCUUUUCUCCCUCCCUCUCUUCAGUCUACGCCAGUCGUACGUCAGAGCUGACAUGACGACCGAGACCCCUCAGCAGCAGCUGGACCCUCCGCCUCCUCUGAGAUCCAGCCCGGCGUCCGGCGUCCUGCACCCCGCCAUGCUGAGCCCACAAGCCGCCACGGAAAGUUCGUCCACCGCCAUUAAAGGGAAGAAGACGAGCUCCGGUUUACGGCGACCGGAAAAGCCUCCUUACUCCUACAUCGCUCUCAUCGUUAUGGCAAUUCAGAGCUCUCCCACCAAACGACUGACACUCAGUGAGAUCUACCAGUUCCUCCAGGCUCGCUUCCCAUUCUUCAGGGGCUCAUAUCAGGGCUGGAAGAACUCCGUGCGGCAUAAUCUGUCGCUGAACGAGUGCUUCAUCAAGCUGCCCAAAGGGCUGGGCCGGCCGGGGAAAGGCCACUACUGGACCAUCGAUCCGGGCAGCGAGUUCAUGUUCGAGGAGGGCUCGUUUCGUCGCAGACCUCGAGGCUUCAGAAGGAAAUGUCAAGCCCUGAAGCCCAUGUACCGGAUGAUGAACGGCAUCGGCUUCGGCACCUCCAUCCUCCCGCAGAGUUUUGACUUUCAAGCUCCAUCCGCCACUCUCGCCUGUCACAGCAACAGCUACAACUUGGACAUGAUGAGUAAUUCAAUGGCCGGGGGUUACGACGGGCUGAGCGGCGGCCACCACGUCCCCCAUAUGUCCCCGAGCCCCGGCUCCACGUACAUGGCGAGCUGUCCCGUGCCGCCGAACGGGGAGUACGGACCGGACAGCAGCAGCAGCCCCGUGCCGUCCUCUCCGGCCAUGGCCAGCGCGCUGGACGGCCACUCCCCGUACGCCAGUACAUCCGCACACUGGGCGUCCACCGGCGGCUCUCCCUACAUCAAACAGCAGCCUCUCGCUUCCAGCAGCCCCGCAUCGUCUGGUUUACACUCCGGCAUGUCGCCUUACUCCCUGGAGCAGAGCUAUCUCCACCAGAACGGCAGAGAGAGCCACAGCAGCGACUUAUCAGUGGGGAUCCCUCGCUAUCAGAGCCACUCCUCGGUGUGCGACAGGAAAGACUUCGUGUUGAACUUUAACGGCAUCUCCUCCUUCCACCCCUCGGCCGGCGGAUCCUACUAUCACCACCAUCACCACCACCACCCCCAGAGCGUGUGUCAGGACAUCAAGCCGUGCGUGAUGUGAGCGCUCACCUCACUAAGGACCCAGAGAGACACUGCAAGUCCGUCACACGACAGAACAAACAAAGAAGACUCGUAAGAAAUACAGCAACAACAACAAAAAAAUUGAAAAAAAAAAAAAAAAAGUUGUUUUUUUUUCUUCUCCUUAUUUUUGACUUUUUGGAGGAUUCGUGCCGGGAUGUAUCGCGGUGUCACGUGCUGGCCUCCUCCGUGCAGCCACAGGACUGGUGAAUCUAUGCAUCGAAGGGAAAUGAAUGAAGAACCCCCACAGAGGCCUUUAACAGAAACCACUUCGCCUAUAUGAACCCUGACAAGCGUUCUCUUCUUCAAAAGAAGUCUCAGAAACACGACUUUCUAAUGCGUUUGCUCCUGUAACACGUGCAAACUAAUUAUAUUCUAUGUAACUAUGUUCUAUCCUAUUAGAGUAACUACCCACACGGCGCUUUAGGCUAACAUGAACUGCAAACAAACCCUUGCACUUAUUGUAUAACCCUUUGCCAACUAUUUUUUUUGUCUUGUAAAGGUUUCAAUAAAGCUGAUAUAUAUUUUAGGCUACAUCCUCAAAGACUUCCAUCUUUCAGUUCAUGCAGAAAACGUGUUGAAUUCGCUUUAGUGGGAGGUGAGAAUAUAGCAGAGUAAGAACACAUCGAGUGUUGCUUCCUGGCCUUUCACAGACUCACAGACACGGUUCACAGUGAUGGAAAGUAGCAUUAAAGUACAUUGACUCCAUUUAAGAUACUUGUAUUUUAAUGAGUGUUUCCACCUUCUGCUGCAUUACACUCGCUCUCAUUUAUUUGGC